AUACCAACGGGGUCCAAUGGCGAUCGCCUCUCUCAACUUAACCGGGAAACUAAAAAAGAAAAAGAAAAAGAAAAAAAAAACGCGAAGGAGGUGCGUCUGGGUGGAGGAAACCCCGAAAGCUUCGAUGCAGGUGGCAGGAACAACCCAGCGCGAUUUGUGACUGUCGUUCCUGGAUUUAAAGCAAGCAGAUUCCCUUCCAGCUGCCAGUUCUCUCUUUCUCUCUCUCUCUCUCUUUUUUUCCAGGUUCAUUCAUACAUUGCUUGGAUAUUUAUCUUUGCUGAUCCAUCAAACCACAAUCGACCCUCGUCACGUCACAUAUACUCUCUUAUCUCCCUUUCCCACAUACACAAUGAAGGCUUUCUUGUUUCCCAUCGCCAUGCUGGCCACCGUCGGCAUGGUCAGUGCUGAAGUCAGCGCCAGCGACUGCGCAGCCAUGUGUCUCUCCAAUAUGAAAGCAAAGGCCUCUGAGCUGGGUUGCUCUAGUGGUGACUUGGCCUGUCUUUGCGAUACCCCUGACUACAGUUACGGUAUUCGUGACUGCACCGCCCAGGCUUGCCCUGGGGAAGACCCUGCCGCUGUCGUGGCUUCUGCUCUUGCUCAAUGCCCUAGCGGCUCUGGAACAAGCUCCACUGAGACCACUACUGGUACUGCUUCUACUACCGCAUCUACCUCCACCACUGGCGCUGGAGCCGGUGCUACCGCAACUACCACCCCGACUACCAGCACGACUUCCGGUGCUACCCCGACUACCAGCAUGACCUCCGGUGCUGUCACUACUACUAACACGGCUUCCGGUGCUGUCACUGCUAGCAGCGGAGCUGUUGAAUCGGACAGCACCACGCAUCAUUCUAGCGAAACUACAUCCAGUACAGAGUCUGGUGCUACUUCAACAGACACUGCUGCCGCCACCAGCACCAGCAGCAGCACCACCCUGGUGACUUCCAGCAGUACCACCUCUGGCGCGGAGUCAACCUCUACUGGCAGCGGAUCUACCUCUACUACAACCACCCACACUGGCGCUGCUCCUCGCAUGGCUCUUGCUACCGGCGCCGCUGGUGCGCUGGGCCUUGUCGCUCUGCUGGUUCUGUAGAUGGGAGGUGAUAAUGGUCGGCAUAUUUGCUGGCUAGUUUAAUACGCCCGGAGCUGUUUUGGGUUCUUGAUUAUAACGCAUGGUUGAUGAUUUCCAUUGUUAGAUCCCUGUGUAUAUGAUACCACGGGUCAUGCUGUAAUGACUGAUUAGUAGAUAAUAUCUUCUGUUACCACUCACGACAAUUCAAUUCUU